CGCAGAAAGAGCAGAACCUCUGCCCAUUUAGCGCACUUAUUCGUCUCGUCUGUGACGUACCGGCAGUCUUUGUGUUCUUUCAAUAUAUCAGAUUGAACAUAUUUCCAUAUAGACUAUAAUCCGGAUGAGGGGGUUUUGUAAACGGCAGCCUUGACGUUGAAACCGGUUGGAGCUGAAUGCUGUCAGAGGCCGGUGAAUAUUGUGAGGGUCUUCGUUUCAAACAUAAACAUGGAUGCGGAUUUGUUUAUGGAGUGUGAGGAGGAGGAGCUGGAGCCAUGGCAACAGCAAUCAAUGGAUGAUUCAGGGGGAAAUACUGAAAGUAGUACUCCCACUGUGUCUAAAGCUUCCGCCACAGCAGUUGAUAUUCCAGCUGAGCCUAAAACCAUGGUCAUCCCAACCAUACCGCCUGUAGUAAAUACAGCAAACACGGUUCCGCUGAUCACAAAUACAUUGCCUCAACGUGUAGUUCCUGCUGCUGUGCCAGCGGAUAUUUCCAAAGCAGUGCAAGGGCAGCAGGUCAUCUUGACACCAGGAGGAGCAGGGCUUGGCACUCUGGCUCUGUCACAGGUUCUCCUGCCUGGCACAGCUCCUAUUGCCAAUGCCGCCAACAGCCAGCCAAUUUACUUUACCACACAGGGUCUUCCUGUCCAGAAUAUCCAUCCUGUCCAGCCUGGCCAGAGCCCGAUGAGUUUGGUGCUGAAUGUCCAACAAGGCCAGACUGUUCGACCCUUCACACUAGUCCAAGCACCUGGCACACAAAUUUUCAAACCAGCUGUUGGUGGAACCCAAAUAAUUACCCAACCAGCUCAAAUAAGGACUGGAGCUCCGGUUGCAAACAGGGCCCAAACACCCAGCACUUUUAGCACUUUGCAGAUCCCUGCAACUCUCACUAUUCGUACCACAACAGCAGUCACCCCUUCUGCGGCCAAUUCUCUGUCCACCAUGCCCUCUACAACCAUUACCCAGCCCACCACAGCACGAACCACGACUAAAAUUGUGACAAUAAAGCCUGGAAAUGGACCCUUGGACAUGCAAAAUAUAAUGAGCCUUGUGAAAUCAGUGAACCUUCCUGGUGGAGCUCAAGCACAGACUUUUGUUGUUAUGAGCAAUCAGAAGACCAACAACGGCACUAUUGUUUCCUCUGCUCUACCUGUCGUGACACAAAAUGUUGUGCAAACAAUCCCUGUUACACAUACAACACCAUCAACAACCUCUCACAUGUGUCCUCGUUGUGGAGCUCAGUUCAAAAUGGUUGAGGCUCUACGGAGUCAUAUGUGUUUCUGCUGCCCGGAUCUGGCCCAGACUGAUACAAGCAGUACUGCCGCUGCUGUGAACACCCCACCCACACCUCCGAAAAGCACCUCUGUCGUGCCCAGUAUCAAGCUGGAUAGCCCACCUACAAAGUCCGGAGAUACCCAGAACAGACUUGUCAUGCUGGUGGAUGAUUUCUACUACGGCACAUUUGAAGGGAAUCGAGUCUAUGUACCGAUGGACAACUCAAAAGAACCAUUAUCAUUCAAAUGCCUCACCUGCCACAAGAGACUGAAGAAUAAUAUUAGACUUAUGAACCAUAUGAAGUACCAUGUUGAGCUGGAGCAGCAAAAUGGGGAGAUGGACACACACACAUCCUGCCUGCACUGUUUCCGCCGCUUUCCCACACCAUUUCGUCUUCAGUGUCACCUGGAGAGUGUCCACACUGCAAUUGAGUCAUCUACCAAGUGUAAAAUAUGUGAGUGGUCCUUUGAGAGCGAGCCAGUGUUCCUGCAGCACAUGAAGAACACCCACAAACCUGGAGAGAUGCCUUAUGUGUGCCAGGUGUGUGAAUAUCGCUCCUCCUUCUACUCGGAUGUGUUUAACCACUUUCGUACUUGGCAUGAGGAUACCCGCCACCUCCUGUGCCAAUACUGCCUUAAGGUUUUCAAGCACUCCACCAGUUACCAGCAACACUAUGUUCGUCACCAGAAGUCAACGGUUUACCACUGUAACAAAUGCCGUCUUCAGUUCCUGUUCACAAAGGACAAAGUUGAGCAUAAAAUCAAUCACCACAGGACUUUCCGAAAACCUUGUGAAUUGGAGGGACUCCAGCCUGGGACAAAAGUGACCAUUAGGGCAUACGUUGGGCUUAAGAAGUCAGCAGGUCAGGCAUCUUCAAAAUCAUCCACUACCUUUCAGAAGAAUAGUAAUAGCAGUUCACAAACUUAUAGUGGUGACCAGCAAUCACAACGACAUGGACCUGGGAAGAAACAAGUCAGCAAGAUGUUUGACUACUUGUCCAAGUUCCAAGAACAGAGGUCACUGCUUGGCAGACAUAAGUGUGUGGAGUGCAGUUUUGACAUCCCAGACUUUGCAAAUCACUACCCUACUUAUGUUCACUGCUCACUCUGCUUCUACAGCACUUGCUGUUCUCGUGCUUAUGCAAACCAUAUGAUCAACAAUCACGUUCCUGGAAGAGUCCCAAAAACAUCUAAAAAGGGGCCACCGAGUGGUGUGAAGCUGAGCUGUGCAGGUUGUGAAUACUCCACUGCUGUAGGGAACUUGAUGGCUAAACAUCUCAUUAAGUUCCCUACUCACUCCUACAGUAUUUUCACUCGUAAAGAGUGUUUGGAGACAGAUAUUGAGUUCUGCCAGGUUGAGGAGGAGGAGGAGGUGGAGGGUCCACAAGGGGAUGAAGCUAGUGAUGUUGGGACACAGCCUGACUGGUUGUCCAUGAAGCAGUGGAGUGUGCCCAAAGAGGAAGGAACUGUGCCAGAAUUCGUGGAAAGUUGUGGCCCACAGCAUAUAAUGACCAGGAAUAGCGAUGUCCUCGACUACUUCCAGCUUCUUUUUCCCGACAUCCUUUUUGAGCAGAUUGUUUUUGAGACCAAUGCCUAUGCCACUUACUGCUGCUCUUUGGGGCAGGGGGACUCUUCCUGGAAACCCGUGUCUAUAGAGGAAGUCAAAGGCUUCUUUGGUCUCUCGAUCCUCAUGGGAAUUCAAAGCCUGGGAGAGCCAGAGUUAUACUGGUCCUGGGACCAUCACCACGGCCGCUAUGGCUCCAGAACAUGGGAGCUGUUUUACAGAACCAUGUCAGUCAAACGCUUCAAGCAGAUCGCCGCUCACAUCCGAAUGAGCAGCAUGCUUGUGGAGAACGAUAACCAGAGUGCUGACAAGUUGUCCUUUUUUCAGCCCAUGCUGAGCAUCCUGCAGACAAGCAUGCGAGAGGCCUACAAGCCAAACAAGUGUCUAACAGUCGAUCAAGCUUUUCUACCGAGCCAUGACAAGGGAAUCGCUCAGGAGAAGAGUAAAAAUAACCAGCCAAAGAUAUGGCUACUGUGUGACUCAAAGUCAGGCUACUGCCAUAAACUCCUGGUCAUAACGCGACAGGAGAAAAACAAAGACUUGAGCAAAACAGUUGUACCGCAACUCAUAGACGGCCUUGAGGGUAAACAUCACCACAUCUUCUUGUCUAGCUCACUUGCGUCUGUACCACUAAUGAAGGAGUUAUUUGACACUGGAAUAUACUGCUCCAGCUCCAUCCUCCCUCAAAGUCCGAUUUUGCCCAAGGAGUUUUGGGACGAGCCUCCGCUGAACAAUCAAGGUCAUUACCAACAGUAUGAAUUCGCCCCGCUUCUCGCCACCAGAUGGAAAGAUAACAAGCAGCUGGUGUGUCUCUCCACAAAUGCUGAUGCAGGCAGGCCAGACGUGGUCUGGAGGAGAUCUCCCACAAAGUUAGGCGAGCUUUGUGCUGUGAAAAGACCCUACGCCUUCAAGCUGCUCCAGGACAACAUGCGCGGUGUCGACAUCUGUAAUCAGCUCCUCACGUGCAACCAACUCGGCGGGCUGGUUCUCGACACCAACUGGCGGCGUCUCUUUUGGUUCCUCGUCAACUUGAGCAUCAUCAACUCUUUCAUUGUCCUACGGGAGACACGUAAAGACAACCCACCCGGGUGGUUCCAGGGAGGACAUUUCUCCCAGGCCAUCUACCGCAGACGUCUGGGAUACCAGCUGGCCAAGUGUGCCGAAAGAUACGCUCGCCAGAACCAAGUCCACGAUAGCAUGCUUGAGCAGCAAAUUGUGAAAAAAGAAAAUCCAGAGACGCAAGAAGGCGUCAGACAUCGAUUAGCCAAAAUUACUCGUAGGACGAGGAGAUGUAAAGUUUGCAACCUGAAAAACAUGCGGCAUGAGAGUGUAUAUGGCUGCACAGCGUGCCUUGUGAAUCUGUGCAAACGUUCUUGCUGCUUCUGGGACUUCCAUGGUUACUCACCUGAUUUCCAAGGUAACCCGAAAGUGGGAUUCGUUGACACCAAGAGAUUCUGGAAAGUGACCCACUAUUUCCCUUCCAGGGAUGGCACAGAUCCUGGACUUAAAUACAAAACGGAAAUGUUGGAAAGAAGCCUGCACAAAUCUUCAGUGGAUGUCACAAACUCAAAUGAUGCUGAUGCUAGUCUAGAUGAAGACGUGGACCAGGAAAUGGCCCCUCUAGAAGAUGAAGAAACUGACUCAGACUCUGAGGAGACUGAAACCGAUGAAGACGUGCCACGUGAAACAACGUCUAGACAGAAGGUAGAGGUAACAGUAACCAAUACAAUUUCACAACCUGUGAAAAACAGAGAGGAGUCUCUCUCUAUCCAUCAGCGUCGUAUACUACUCCUUGCACUGUGUGCCGGGGUCCAGAAAGCGGCUAAAGAAAUGGACACCAAACCUCAGAUCAUCAAGUCUUGGCUUCAAGACAAAGAGGAUCAGUUAAAUGAAUGCAGCAGCAGUACCUCCGGAGAGGCCGUUGAUCGUUUAGUAGAGUGGGUUUUGACUCAACGGGAACAGCAGCGUCCUGUCAGCGAGGCGAAACUUUUUGAAAAAGCUUCGGAGCUCCAAAGCCAAGCCAACGAGAUCAAUUCCUUCCGUAUUUCCUACGAGUGGGCAGUGAGCUUCAUGAUGCAGCACAAACUGGGUUUGGAUACCCCUUUCACAGUACAUCGGGAACUCCCUAAUGACAUGGAGGAAAACUGCAGUCGCUUCACAGAGCUGGUGCACAGUAAAAUAAAGGCAAACAACAUUCCACAAUGUCUUUUUGGCGCUAUGGACCAGCUUUCUGUGUUUGUGGACUUCAAAAUGCUAAACGAGAAUAGCAGAAUAAGCAAAGAGGCUGCUUUUCAGUUUACUGGGUCUGGGAAGCCCUUCAUGAAGAUUUACCUUUCCGUGCUCGCAAAUGGUAACGUGCUACCUGCAGUGCUCUUCACAAGCCAUGCUAGUACGCCAAGGAGAAGCCCACCAGAGUCAAUCCUGCUUAUGGCCAAAGAGGAGGGUUUCACCACAGUGGAAGAACUCGAAAUCUGGGCCACCAAAGUGUGGAAGCAACAUCUUGACUCACAGAAUAAAAACGAUGCCCUGCUGGUUAUGGAUAGCCAUCAUAGCCAAACAUCUGAAAGCAUCAUAUCCACAGUUGGUAGCACCAAAACGUUACUCUCCAUAAUACCAGCUGGCUGUACGGGCAGACAGCAACCUUUAGAGAUGUGUGUACGCCCUGUACUGCAAAGGUUAUUUCUAGCUCGUUGGGCUGAACGCCCUAGCGUUGGUGCAUCUGGGGUUCAACGUGAAGAUCUGGUGGAGCUUCUCGUAUCUUGGUUGGAAGAGGCCAUGUCUUGCUUCUCUUGUAGGAGUGAAUUUAUUCAACACUCGUUCUGCUUGACUGGCCUGCUUCCUGAUCAGGAAGCACAUACGAGUUUGCCUGGUUCUCCGGUGGAGCUGUUAAAUAAGCUGUCGGAGGCCACGCUUAAACCUGAAGUUGUAGAUCUUGAGUCGGAAGAGGAAGAAGAGCCAAUGGAUACGCAUACUGUAGACAAAGUGAGCCAGGUAACCGAGAAGAUUGAUUUGACACUGGAACCAGAUGAUACAGAAAAUGAAGACGUCAGUGAAACGAAGGAUGAAGAUGCAACGCCAACUGAGAUAAAGAAGACAGAGCAACAAAAGGAAAGAACUGAUGAAUGUUUGGAAAUUGCAAGCGAGGACACAGAUUUCUCACAUUCAUCCCCUGAAUCAGUGACUCCUUCACACCACUCCGAACAAGAUCGUUUCUCCGAAUCUGGCAUGAAUCAGGAAGCUAACGCUUGCCAAACGGACUCUGCAAACAGGUGAUGAUUGAUCUACAGAGACAUUGUGAAGGAUUUGAGGUCAGACAAACCUAUUUAGGCCUACUGUGGAUAUUUAAUUUACAGCCUUUUGUGUGGUGGAGUGAAAAUGUAAAAAUAUUUUUUGUUAUCCUACAUACUGUAUAGAUUUACAGGAUAGACAUUGCAUGAUUGACUUUUGCAAAGUUUUCUACUGGUUGUUCUUUUUGUUUAUUUACUAGCAUAAAACGAUCCAAUAGCUCCCGCAGUGUUAGAUUUUUUUAUUUAUUUUUUUUUUUUUGAAAAAAUUAUUUCAAAAAUUCUACAUCCUCUGAAAGUAAAUCAGCAUUUUUGAGCCUGCUGUAAUGAGAAAAAUUUCAUCAAGCCAGAUUGAGGCUCAUAGUGUAACAUCAGCUUUGUUUUUUUUUGUGUUUGCCACUACACGACUCUCAUACUCAAAGUGAGACUGAACAGAAGGCAGGAAAAUAAUCUAAAACUUAAAUGCUAUUUAAAGAUGUUUAAUUUAGUAUACCGUUUACUAUAGGCCAUUACUUUUAUUCCAUAACUUUACAGAGUCUGUUUUUACAUUAUACAUUAAAGUUCAGCUUGCAUAUGGCAGGCAACAGACUCGGACUGUCUUGAAGUUCUUCCAUUUUGGUUAUUUAUCUACUUACUGACCGAAUAAACAGUGAGACACGCUGAA